CUGUGAUUGGAGCAGUAAAACUCAUCUACAUUAAAUUAAAUGUUAUGCUAAUGUAGAUGCACUCAUGUGAUAUAAACUGUGAAGUCCACUCUAAACUGUAUUAAGGCUUAGAGCCAGGAUUUUUAAGUUUUGUAUCUCUGUGUUCCCCCCGCUGACCUGAGCAGUUGGUACGUUCCACUCAGACACACCUGACGGGAUCAAACCACCGACACACAUGCCACACAGCUCCACUUUAUUUAACCUUCAAAAACCUAGUUUUAUUGAUCUUUUCAUGGUUUCUUCAUCUUUGAAUGAAUAUUUUUGGCACUAAGUGUGAACUUUUUGAACGGACUCUGCUCGUCAGAUGGAGGAACGUCGGGGAGUUUGUUGGAAGAUUCAGGUUGAGAGGACUUUGGGUAUUGAGGCUGCAAGAUCCACCAUCAUCAGUGAGAUUCAGUACACCAUGGUCAACCACGGAAUGAGCAUCGACCGGCGUCACGUCAUGCUUCUUGCUGAUCUUAUGUCCUAUAAGGACCAGACCUGCUGGGAUCUGUACAGAUGUCUCGAUGAGGGUGGGAGUGGAUUCAGUAAAGGAGAGCUGGAUCAGUCUACAAACACAUUGUUGUAACCAGUGUGGGAAAGCUUUCAGGCAGUCAAGUUAUUUGAAACGCCAUAUGCUCAUCCACACUGAAGAAAUUAGUUUUUUACUGUGAUAUUUCCUCAUGUUUGACAAAGUAGUUAUCUUAAGUGUGAAAUAAAAGCGCUCCUUAAUAAUUA